UGCAGGAUGAGCCUAGAUCCGUCUACAGCAGCCUUGCAGGCAAAAAAUGUGCAACUCACACAGGAGAAAGAGCAGCUGAAGCUGAUGCUGAGUCUGCUGCAGGAAAACCAGGACAUGAAAGCGAAGAUUCAGAGCUUCAGUGGAGGACCCCCGGAUGAUUUCACAGAAGCAUCAAAUCUGUGGCAAAAAACGGUUGAUGAGCAACAAUUCAGGAGAGUGUUUCAGCAAACUAAAACCACCGCCGAGCACCGAGCAUCAUCUCCCAUCGACUUCCAGUCCUUCCUGCAGAGCUCUGCACACAGAAAUACAGACCAGACAGCAGCACUACAAGGUCACCAGACAGAGUGUCAUCUUUGUGUCUCAGCUCAGCCAAGAGUCAUAGGAGAGAUGGUCUUUCAGCUGGACAGGAGGAUUCUGUCCCACAUCUUCCAAGCUCAGACGAGGCUUUACGGUUUCACACUGCGCAAUAUCCCAGAGAAAAUUGAAGAGUUGAGUACACACCCUCUGACAGGGAAGGUGGACAUGGGCUAUCGGCAUCACCUCAGCCAGAGGCACACACAUCUGAUGUCCAAACUGAGCCAGCUUGGCUACAAAGCAGCGCUUCAUCCUCUGUUCUCUGAAUUUAUUGUCAACACCUAUGGGAUCCUAAAGGAGAGGCCUGGUGAAAAUAGCCCUCAUGGGACUGAGUACAAUGAUCCGGAUUUGUUGAGGAGACUAAUAGUGACCACCACUCCACAAAAAAUGCAUAAGGACCUACAUGUGCUGCUUACUUGUCUCUGCUACAUGGCAGAACAGGACAGGAAGCUCCUCAUGCUCUGGUAGACGUCACAUUACUCAGCAAACAUGGACAGUACUAUCCAUCAAGUGAAAAUCAGCUGCAAUAAAUUAAAAGAGGCAUUUUG